GUGCUAAAGCCUCCGCCAUCUUGAAAGUUGAAGAUGCCUAUCUGACUUGUGAUUCCUGCAUCUCCGAACGUCAGUUUUGUUUUCAUAAAAUAUGGCAUGGAAUGAGCUUCUUACCGUAGCAAAACUGAGUACAUCGGUCUUUCGCCAUACCACAACGAACUCAAUGCGUAAUUUUUCACCCCUCUCGAGUUUGCUUCUCCGUGCCUUUUCAACAAGCAUGGUAGCGGAAGGCAAGACUCAGUAUUAUUUCAUCAGGGUACCUCGAAGUAUGCCAAACAUUCCUGUGCCAGCUUAUCUCAAGGACGGGAGUGUGAAACGUAACCAUAAGAAGUCAGGACGAGACCCUGAAACUGGGCGUAUCGCCAUACGGCAUAAGGGAGGAGGGCAUCCACAGACAUUUCGUAUCGUGGACUUUGUAAGAGCUCCUGUGCCACAAGAAAAUGAAGAACCCAAGCCGAUUCGAGACAAAGUCCUUCAUAUAGGCUACGAUCCUUGUCGCUCUGGUCGUAUUGCACUCGUGGCAGGGGAUGGAAGCAAUAGAAUGAAAAUCAUCACUGCACCACAUGAGAUGAAAGUUGGAGAUGUUAUCACAGCUUUCCGAGGGAAGCCGCAAUCUAUUGCCAGACUGAAACCCGGGGAUGCCUACCCACUUGCUCAUCUUCCUAUUGGCACAGUAGUGUACAAUGUCGAGCUUCAGCCCGGAAAAGGUGCUCAGCUCGUGCGCGCUGCUGGUACAUGUGCCCAGAUUCUCAAUAAAACUGAGACUACAGCAAGGUUGCGACUACCUUCAAAACAGGAGAAGGACAUUCCUCUUGAUUGCUUGGCCACUUUAGGGAGAGUUUCCAAUAUUGACCAUGAAAAUCGAGUCAUUGGUAAAGCAGGUAGAAAUCGAUGGCUCAAUAGGAAACCAAAAGGCCAGACUGGUAUAAAUCGUACUCUUUGGAGGAAGAAAAGGGUAUAACUGGUUUGAGUUAAUUCUUAUCUUUUUUAUCCAAGAAAAUCAAAUAAACAAGAACAAUGGAAAUAACA